CGCUGCUACUCCAUGAAUCUCUUGCGUUGAGGAGCGAAUCUCCAGGUUCUUCUCCUUCUUCUAUGCAUGGCGCUCCUCUCGGGAGAAAUGGCGCAUCAUCCACGAAGCUAAAGAGCAAAAUUUUGGUCUUUCUCGAAGAACUCAAGGAAUGUGGCCGAUGUGGGGAUCUAGACAGGGGCAGGAGGAUCCAUGCCGAGAUCGUCCACAGUGGAGACGACUCCAAUCUCUACGUAGCAAACGCGCUCAUCCACAUGUACUCCAAGUGUGGGAGCUUGCCGGAAGCGCGACGAGCAUUCGACAGGAUGGAUCAUCGCAGUGCCGUGUCUUGGAACUCCUUGAUCCUGGGCUAUGCCAAGAAUGGUGGAAGUGGAAUGAAUGGGGGAAGUGGUGGAACGAGAUCAAGGAACUUGGAUGAAGCAAAGAGUGGUGGAAGUGGUGGAGCGAGAUCAAAGAACUUGGAUGAAGCGAAGAAUGAUGGAAGUGGUGGAACGAAAUCAAAAAGCUUGGAUGAAGUGAAGAAUGGUAGAACGAGAUCGAAAAACUUGGAUGAAGCACGGAUGAUCUUCGAGAGAAUGCCAUGGCACAGUGUGUUCUCCUGGACGGAUCUCAUCCACGGCUAUGCCGAGAACGGACGCGAAGAGAACGCGCUCGGCUUGUUCUCCUCCAUGGCUAGCCGAGGCUGCGAGCCGGAUGCUCGGACGUUCCAGGCAGCUUUCAAGGCCUUGGCGGGGCUCGCAGCGAAGGCCAAAGAAUCUCACAGGUUUCUCGAGAGAGCCAUCGCCCUCCACACUCAAGCUGCGAGUUCUUCGUCUUGCGAGUGGGACGUUCUUCUCGCAAACUCGGUGAUGGAUCUGUAUGGGAAGUGUGGCGGCCAGGAUCACUCCCGGAUGGUUUUCGAGAGGAUGCCACAGCACGACGUCGUGUCCUGGAACGCGGUGAUGCUCGGCUACUGCGACAACGGCGAGGAAGAGGUGGCGCUGGAGUUCUUCGAGACGAUGAGAGCUCGUGGCUGCGUAGCGGACGCCAGAACUUACGUUGCUGCGAUCAAGGCUUGCGUCGCCAGCCUGGGAAAGCUCGAUCGAGAGAAAGCUUUCGAGAGAGGGAUGGAGAUCCAUUGUCGAGCUGGAGCUAGCGGCUGCGACUCCAACGUUUACGUAGCGGCCUCACUGGUGAAUCUCUACGCCAAGUGUGGCAAGAUGGUGGACGCUCGGCGAGUGUUUGACAAGAUCUUCCAGCCGGACGUGGUCUCGUGGAGCGCGCUCAUACUCGGGUAUGCCGAAAACGGGCAACCCGAGCUGGCGCUGGAACUCUUCGCGCGGAUGCAACAGCGGCAGGGAGCUGGAUCUUCCGAUGCUCUCGCGUUUGUUGCCGCGCUUAAGGCCUGUGCUCGUCUCGCAAUCUCGGAAGAAGCUCACGGUGAUCUCAAGCUCAAAUCUAUGGCGCUCGAGCAGGGAAUGGCCGUCCACGCUCAAGCCGCGAGGAAUGGCUGCGAGCUCGACGUGUUCGUGGCGUCUACGCUGGUGGACAUGUACACCAAGUGUGGCAGCUUGCUCGACGCGAGGAGAGUUUUCGAUCGAGUAGCCGUCCACAACGCGGUGUUCUGGAACUCGUUGAUGCUGGGCUACUGCGAGAACGAGCAAGCCGGCGUGGUGCUGCUGCUCUUCCACUUCAUGCAGCUCGAGGGCUGUGCUCUAGACGCUGGAUCCUUCGUUCCUCCGCUCAAGGCCUUGGCGAGUCUAGCAUCGAUCGAGAGGAGCCUGGAGAUCAAGCCCAACUUGCUCGUCUUGCGGAGGAGCACGGCCUCGCUCCACUCACAAGCGUCCGAGCGUGGCUUCGACUCGAAUCCCCGAGUAGCGAGCAGCCUCGUCGACUGCUACUCCAAAUCCGGGAGCUUGAUCGAGGCAAGGAGAGUCUUCGAUCGGAUCGAGCAGCGCGAUCCAGUGCUGUGGACUUCGCUCAUCGUCGCCUGUGCCGAUGCCGUGGACGCUGCUGCUCUGUCCGCGGCGAUCAAAGCUUGCGCAAGUGGCCCGGCGGCGCUGCUCGAGACGGGGAAGCGCGUCCAUGGCGAUGCAUGUCGACACGGCCUGGAAGUCGACCCGGGGGUGGUGGUCUCUCUCGUCGACUUCUACGGGAAGUGUGGCAGCAUGGUCGAUGCUCGCUGCGCUUUUGAUGCAAGCUCGCAGCUGGGACUGGUGGCCUGGAACGCGCUCUUGGCUGGCUAUGGGCGCCGAGGUGAUAGCAAACUGGUGCUCGAGAUGUUCCACAGGGCCACGGACGAAGGCUUGCGGCCGAAUGCGAGUAGCCUUGUCUCGGUUCUCGCGGCUCUCAGCGGUGGUGGUCUUGUUGAUCAAGGCCGGAGGAUCUUCCAGGCGAUGGAGUGCCGGUAUGGUGUUCGUCCCGGGAUGGAGCACUACGCGUGCUUGGUGGAUAUCUUUAGCCGGGCGGACAAGAUGGAUGAAGCUGUGGAGCUUGCGAGGAGGAUGUCGAGUGGUGAUCCCAGGAACUUCUCCGUUGGCGUGGCAUGGACCAGCAUUCUAGCGGCUUGUAGAAAGUGGGAGAACUUUGAGGUGGCAAAGGUUGCUUUCGAGGAGCUGAGAGAUGAAGCUCGUCAUCCUGCUGUAUACAAUCUUAUGGCAAAUGCUUGCUCCACCUGA